AUGGAAGCGGAUCAAGGCUGCACGACCCCGGGGCACCCGGAGUACCGAAUUCCAGCGCCGCUGCUGCCUCCGUUGCCGGAGGUUGAUGCCUUCCUAGCUGAAUUAGAAGCGACUAAAGAGUCUGAAAGUGGAUGUUCAUAUUUUGGGGCCGACUCUGAUGAGAUGUCCAAGGAGAUUGAGGAUGAUAAUUCCAGGCAUAAAGCAAAAUCGGACUCUCUUUCUGAUGAUGGUGUGGAUCUUGAUAAUCCCAAGCCCACUAAAUCUCAAAGGCCAACCAAUGAUCCCUCAUAUUUAUCAUGCCAAUAUAGUGAAAGAUCAUUCUGCGGGAUUGCAGAUUAUUUACCCGACGGCUUCUAUGAUGCUGGGCGAGAUCGACCUUUUAUGCCACUUGGCAACUAUGAGCAAAAUCUGCACAUGAACUUGCGGAAAGUUGUUCUUCUUGAUCGGCAAGUGGUUUCCCCCCAUUGCUACUAG